UGAAACAACACAUACAUUAGAGCGGAGAAGGAGAUGAAGUGUUAAAGGGGCAGUAACCGAUACCAAACCAACGCAUUUUGCAAGAAUCAGUGGAUAUUUUUGAAUCAGGUUUUGGCUCAGCCCAGGCUCUGUAAAUUGAAAACAAAAAAUACGGUGCAGACCUUACUUGACAACUCUGGGAUUUUGGCGUAGUGGUUAGUGCGUUGGUAUCCCAUACCUAAGGUCGCAGGUUCACUGCCCGGCCAGAGCAAAAUCAUAAAUAACAAUAUAGAGAGAAUCAAGCUUUCUCCAAAAUCACUUACUGCCCCUUUAACUGCUUUUCACUCGUUCACAUGGACUUCGGUUUCUCGAGGAGUGUCAGCAUCGUUGAGCUUCCUGAGAGUAGCAGCCAACAAGUUCCAGAGAACAGAGAAGCGAUUCCUCCAACAAUCUCCACCGAGCUAAGGAUCUCCCUCAAAACGUGAAUGCAUGAAUGUCUGCUGCUCCCAUGAAAAUGGGCUAUGCGAAUGUCAAAUGAUAGUGUUAAGAAAGGACAUGACCCUAUACAAAUAUGUCUGGAAUUGCCCGAGAUUUACACUUUGCCAUGGCUGACUCUCACUACCGGCCAAAAUCCUUGUGGUUCUGCUAAAAGUUUGGAGGAUUUAAAAUUCCAAUACCAUAAGGAUUGUAAAGAAAAAACUAAUCAGUGUGCAUCUGUCAUAAUAGUGGGUGAAAAUGGUACAUUCAAUCAUGAAGUCCCCAAACCGCUAUAUGAAGAGAAGAAACACACAGAGGUGAUUAUUAUUGAAGCAGUUGAUAAAUAUCUUGAUGGAAAUUAUAAGAACCAAAGACGCAAAGAAGAAAUUAUUGUGAUUUUUACGUACAAUAGCCCAUGUAUGAAGAGAGAAAAAAAGAGCAUUGAGCCUUGCAUGUCUCAGCUUUUUAAAAAAGCCCAUCAAUGGAACAGAGAUUAUGGAUUUUCUGUUGUGAUCUUAUUCACAAAGUUUUGGGGACCAAUUGGACCAAAUACAAUAAAAUUCACCGAAGUUGAAAUCAAUCAGCUUUAUUCUUGGUUCAGAGAGUUUUCCAAUGUUCCUAUUCAGGUAGAUAGUAAAGAAUUAUGUAAAAGAUUUAAAGACAUUAAACAGAAUCAGUUACUGUCCGUGGUUCCAAAAGAAUAUAAAGAAAAAGUUAGAUGUGAUUUAAAAAAGUUUAAGAAGGAUCUUAUGGACCUGACAGAAAUCAAACAACCUUUGACCGUUAAACAACUUUCUGAAAAUGGAGAGGAAGUAAUUGGUAAUUUAAGACAAGUAAUGUGUUAUUUCUCAGAAGAACUCGUACCUUUAUCCAAUAUUUGGCAUGAAGCGGUAAAAAGCAGUGCAGUGAAACGUAUUAAAGCUAAAAUAACAGCAGAUGGCAACUCUGAAAUAUUUAAAUUUCUACAAAAUCGGGAGUCCACUUCACAGAACAGGGACCCGAUAUCGAUUUAUCAGAUCUCUCAAAAUCUCUAAUCUGCCUCUUUUCAAUACCUUUAAUGUUUUUUUUCUGCA